AUGAGCGUCCUGAUCUUGACAUCCAACCUUUGGCAGCCAGUUGGCCUCUGCAACGGUGCACGUGAUCCUCCCUGCGUGAUCAUGAUGGAGUUUAACAAGUACACGGGGCUGUUUCCCCUGAUCGUAUGCUACGCCAUUACGGUUCACAAGUCGCAGAGCAUCACCGAAGACAUGAUCGUAACGUAUCUGUCCUGCCGUGACUUCCAGACCGGUUUGAGCUACGUGGCCGUCUCGCGUGUGAAAACGCUGCAGGGUCUGAUGCUGGAUGCCCUGUUUGACCGCAAUCACCUGACUUACGCGUCGCCGCCGGAAGGAAUUAAGAUGAAAAUGAGGGAUCAGCAACUUCGCAAACGACAGGUUUUCGCCCAGAAUCUGUACAAGAUAGGCCUCGGGUCUACGCAACUCCACUUGAUGCUACCCGCGACAAGAACGACACUUUCCAAGGCGCAGAUAAUGUAA